AUAUACAUACAUAUGUGCAUAAAGAUGAUUAAAAACAUAUACUGUUUAUCAAAUACAUAGAAUUGGACAUAGUAUUCUAUUCCUUCAGUCUGAAAGUCACUGCUGUGGCCCAGAGCUAAGCUUUUUCUUGAAGCAUGUCUGGGAAUUAGUUGGUCAGGAGGGGCAGAAAAAAGAUUAAAUGAUGUGUGCAGAGCUUCAGGCAGAGGGGCUUGACUUAUGCACAACGUGGAUGAUUAGAGGAAUAGAGUAGGGAGUAUUUACCUAGCUCAUUUUCUUAUCUUUACUGGAAAGGUGAAUUUAUUGGAAAGCUCUGUCUGCACAAUAUCCAACUACAAUAUAUAUAUAGUUGAAGUCAAAUAAAUAUUACUCAAAUACUUUUGUUGAAACAAUAUUGACUAUAUAGAAAACAUGUCUGGAAUAAAACUAAAAUGGAAAAAAAUGGAGGUUUUAAGUUCCAGAGACUGAUUUUGAGUCACAAAUUUUUGUAUUUACAGAAAAUAUGAAAUAACGAUUUGGUCAGAAUGACUACAGAAUGUAAUUCGACAUUAUUUUAUUUUUAUUUUUUUAAAGAGAGAAAGAGAGAAAGAAAGAGAGAGAGAAAAAAAAUUUAGUAUUUAUUUUUCAGUUUUUGGUGGACACAACAUCUUUAUUUUAUUUUAUAUGGUGCUGAGGACCAAACCCAGCGCCCCGCGCACGCCAGGUGAGUGAGUUACCACUUGAGCUACAUCCCCAGCCUCAAUUCAACAUUAUUUAGGAAAAGUUGCUGCUGAAUAUAACCUCUGCAUAAAAUAUUGGCGGUCUCACUCUUUCUUGUUUUUUUUUUUUUUUUAUCUUGUAAAGAAGGCAGUGUUAAUUCAAUAAGAGUUUACUGGUCAUCAACAAUUCCCCUGUCUCAGGGUUCUUGUUCCUGGGUCAGGGAGGCUUAUAAUCUUAUUGGGUACAACAAGUGCUAUGAAAACCAGGAUAAGAAGUCACUGAGCAGGGUCCUGAGAAAUGGGGAUGUUUAUUUAGAGAAAAAUUUGAAAGUGAAUUCAAACCUGAAGGAGACAACUAAAUAAAGGGAAGGAGAGAAACAAGAAGAGGCAGGUGGUGGGGGAAGGGGGAUGGAUUCUGAGAACAGUCACACAACAUUGACAGAAAUUUAGAGCUAAAAUAGCCCUAAACCGUCAUGGUUGAUAACUUACAUUCCUGUGACUAAUACAUCUACCCACAGGGAUAGACUAUCUAGUGUAUGGGAAAAAAAUCAACAGCUCCUCUUCUUAGCAAUUGAAGAGGUGCUGAGUGGUUCAGUGAGUUUCUAUAAAAAAUAAAUUUGUUCAUUUCUUUUGAAUUUUCAAAGUGUCCUUGAUGGAAAGCAUGUGGGACUAAGUACAUUCUUAACCUGUCCUUUUGCAGAGACAUGGGUAUUAAGUCUCCCUGUGUUCACUAUGGGGGUGUGGAGGUACCAUAGUAAAAGCCAUAGGUUCAGAUUAGUCCAGUGGGUAAGCAAUUUUCUUUCCUGAAGUACCUACUAAUCCCUACUUCCCAAAGAACUGUGUACAAAUUCCCCUGAAGCCAGACAUUUUAAAACAGUUAUUUGUGGCUCUUUCUGAGACGUUAGAAGGAGAUACUCCUUAGAGGUCAAACUCAGCAGGAUGAAAUCCUCUGCAUGUCAGAGAUAGAGUCUCCUGCCUGGUUGUCUUGAAAUUAGUUGCCCACGUCCAAGGCUGCUUUACUUAAUACAGAAAACCUUAUUUGUAGAUAAAGCUCAGCUCUCUUCCCAGCUGCUAUUUUUAAGCUCAACUCUCCUCUGUUCAACUCAUGUACACCUACUUCAAGGCCUUUUCAUAGGAAACUAGAUACACAAAAUGUCAAUGGUGUCUAAGACACCAAACACAAAAUUUUUCUUGUCUUCAUUUUCCAUACAUUUCUUCUAUUAUUCUCUCCUCUCUCUGGCCUUGUUUCUUCCACCUCCUUCUCGCUUUACUUUUAGUGGUCUUAGGUUUCAUUUUAGCAUGCCAACACAGAAGUUGUGAAUAGAACUUUUAUGCCUACGUGUUGUGUAGGUGCUCAGAAGGUCAGUGGCAAGUUGCUACGGUAUUAGUCUUGGAUCUAGUUUCCUAAAUGUUGGUAAGAAGAAUCUUGUGACAAGGGCACACCCCCUAGUUGUCAUUUGUGGGAUCUGUAUCUCCAGAUUUAAGAUAAACUAGAGACAUGUUUGGAUCCUCAGAGUUCAGGGAAAAUGCAGCAUGUGAUGCAGGGAAAAGAAUAAUUAUUAAUAAAGAGAGCUAUUAGGUGGCAUUGGAAAAAACUAAGCUUUUCAAAUGUUUCCUUCAUAGAAUAAGAGAUCAUUUAAAAUCUCAAUUAUCCUUUCCAAGUUUAACAUAUCACCUGUUCUAUAUCCUGUUUGUCCAGCCCUAUCUCCUAUUUGUCCCAGUCUUCCAAAUUUCUGUCACAAACACUUUCAUAUAAUUUUCCCAACUGCCCUUUUUUUUUUUUUGGUAACACUUGAGUUCUUGCCCCACAUGUAAAUGUCCAUUGCAGGGCUUACAUGAAUAGCAGGGUUUGCAUGGGGACAAUUAUUAUCUUUAAUAUUUCCAAAACUGAGUAUUCAGAAAAAUGGUUAGGAAACUGUAUUUAUUGUGGUAUUGAAAGAAAAAAAUCUGGAAACUUCUUUGAUUCUUUUGGUACAGAAGCUAUGUUUUAGCAAUCAGACUAGUAAAUUAUUACUUUCACAUAUAUGGAUGUCAUAUAUCUUUUGCUAUUUUCUUCAUUCUCCACAGUUUUGACCAUGUACUCUGGAGUGGGGGGCAAUUCCCCCAUGCUGUUUCCCUGUGACUGUGACCCUAAGUCUAGGUUGCACAACUACCUUUCUAAAGAGAAAAGCCUCUGCUCAUUUGUAAUCCCAAUGCAUUAGAAAAAUGUUAGAUCUUGUGAAGAAAUUAUAGUCCAUUUGAUGUUUUCUAAUAUACUUCCUCCCUUUCUCAAUUUUAAAUUAAAAUAAAAUGAAUCAUAUAUAAUGAAUGCACAGCUGUCAUCUUUUGUGAUAUUACCUUGAUUGUUACUUCAGCAUUGAAGAAUGUUCCAUUUUGUAAUUUGCAUACCUAAAAUUCUUGAUAAGAUUAUACCCUAUGAAGAUGCGUUGGAAAUAACUGUAGCCGUAUAUAGAAAUGGAAAUGAUACUAAGUUUUUGACACUAGAGUGCUUACUCAUAGAAACCACACAAUCAAUAGCAUGUGUUUGUGCUUAGAUUUAUUCAGUCAUUAUCACUCCUCCACUUGCCUUUCAUGUGCUGAGCAAAUAUUAAGUGAAGAGUAUGAGUUUUUUUACAUUACUCUCAAUAAGUGGGUUUAACCACAAUACAAAUCUUAUAAUCUACCUCUUCAAUCUCACUGGCAAUGGGACAAAUCCAGCAGCUUUAGAGCCAUAGCAUUCUUCUCUAUGAGGAUGGGCAUGCAGUGGUAGCAGAUUUUGGAGAAUCAAGAUUUCUACAGUCUGUGGAUGAAGACAACAUGACAAAACAACCUGGGAACCUCCGCUGGAUGGCUCCAGAGGUGUUCACGCAGUGUACGCGCUACACCAUCAAAGCCGACGUCUUCAGUUACGCUCUUUGUCUGUGGGAACUCCUCACCGGCGAGAUUCCUUUCGCCCACCUUAAGCCAGCUGCAGCAGCAGACAUGGCUUACCACCAUAUUAGGCCUCCCAUUGGCUAUUCCAUUCCCAAACCCAUAUCAUCUUUGCUGAUGCGAGGGUGGAAUGCAUGUCCUGAAGGAAGACCGGAGUUUUCUGAAGUUGUUACGAAGUUAGAGGAGUGUCUCUGCAACAUUGAGCUGAUGUCUCCUGCAUCCAGUAACAGCAGCGGGUCUCUCUCACCUUCCUCUUCUUCUGAUUGCCUGGUGAGCCAGGCAGGGCCAGGCCGAAGCCAUGUGGCAGCUUUGAGAAGUCGUUUUGAGUUGGAAUAUGCUCUAAAUGCCAGGUCCUAUCCUUCCUGGACACAAAGUGCUGGACCAGGAUCCUCUCAAGGCCUGUCUUUGGAGGAGGUGAAAAGAAGUUUGCAGAACUCACCCAUUGACAAGUACGGCUAUGUGUCGGAUCCCAUGAGCCCAAUGCAUUUUCAUUCUUGCCGGAACAGUGGCAGCUUUGAGGACAGCAGCUGACAGCAUUUGGCAUAUACCUAAAAGGAGUUUUCCCCCACACUGACAGCAAUGAGUCAAAUCAUGGCAGGCUUGCUCCCAAUUAUACUACUUUACUCUCUAAGGUCUCCUUAAAUUGGCUUGUUUAUACUGGUCCUACUUCAUCCCUCUUCAUGAGUUGGUUUUUGGGUUUGUGGUUAAAGAAGGAGAUGUAAAAGAACCAAGACAGAAUAUAUAUCAAGGAUUGUUUUUCACUUUGUAAGUAAAAAAAAAAAAAAAACAGUUUAUUUUAUAACUUGGAAAUGGGGCCUCAGUCUGUGGUGGGCACUUAAUAAUUAUUACGUUUUCCUAGACAGAGUUAUGUACACUUGUGUUUGAGAGGCCUGUGUUUGAUUUCUUAGAAUAUUGGUCAUUUUCUUAUCUCACUAUGUUACUUCUGGUGUGGAGCUCCAUGAUUAAAGAUUCUUUGGUGGUGUAGAAAAUUGA